AUGACGUUGGAUCGAACACCAACGAAAAGUGAAAAGGUCACAAUGACGGACAUCACGACGCUAGUGCAUCAACGUGGACAGGCCAAGGCGCAGGUCACGAAGAUCCGGAAGGCGUUGGAAAGUAUGGCAGGAGCUGGGUCCACUGCUCCGAGUACGGCGAUGCUGGCUGUGUAUUCGAAGAAGCUGGACCGCUUCUACAGUGAGUACCGUGAGUAUCACAACCAAAUUGUUGCGGUCAUUCCCGAUGAUCGCCUGGACGAGCAAAUCGAAGCGUAUGAUUUGUUCGAAACGCAGCACACUGAAACAUGUGUACUGCUGGAGACGAUUGUGCAAUCCAUCAACGAUGACGCACAACCGAGAGCACAAGCGAAUACGCAGCAGCAGCCAGACGCUCCUCGUAUCAUUGUGCAGCAACAGCCGUUGAAGGCACCGAUUCCCUCCUUCGACGGGAAGCCGGAAAACUGGCCGCGCUUCAAGGCCAUGUUUUUGGAUGUCAUGCGCACAUCAGCCGACUCAGACGCAAUCAAGCUCUAUCAUUUGGACAGAGCUCUGGUCGGCACAGCUGCUGGGAUAAUCGAUUCUCGCACGUUGAGCCAGAACGAUUACGAGCACGCGUGGAAGAUACUGGAGGACAUAUACGAGGACAAGCGGGUCAUAGUGGACGUCCACAUCAACGGCCUGCUGGCACUGCCGAAAAUGCAUCGAGAGAACGCCAAGGAACUCCGAGCGCUUAUUGACGAGGUCACUCAACACGUCGAUGGGCUGGCUCUGAUGAAUGAAGAGAUGACUGGAUUUUCGGAGCACUUCGUGGUCAACCUUCUGGCCGCGGCGCUGGACAAGGAGACGAGGCUUCAGUGGGAGGCUACCAUUUCCCACAAGGAGCUACCGGAAUAUGAGGACACCAUCGAGUUUCUGAAGAAACGAUGCGCUGUGCUGGAACGUGUGGAAGCAUCGUUGGCCAAGCAAGCUUCUACAUCGAAGACAUCAGUUCCUGUGAAGAAUCCUGGAUACCAACCGAAGAACGCAACAUCGAAGUCGUAUGCUGUUACGACCAAGGACCGGACGUGUGAGCUGUGUGGUACCGGAAACCAUCCGGUCUACAAAUGCGAAGCCUUCAGGGAGAUGACCGUCGCUCACCGCCAGGCCAAGUUGCAGUGCCUGGUUGCAGAUCCAGAGUUCUACAAGCCAGGUGACGUUGAUUUGCUUAUUGGAGUUCAAUUGUUCUUUGCGCUUCUGAUGCCGGGACAGUUUAGGAUAGCUGAGAAUCUUCCUGUUCUUCAAGAGACUCGUUUGGGAUGGGUCGUUGCAGGUUCCAUUGAAGAUGUUGGUUCUCCUCGCGUUGAACAGCAUUGCUACACGACUAGUCUUCAAAAUUUUUCUGAAACGAUGGAAAAGUUUUGGUCAGUUGAAUCAGUGGAUUCAUGUGAACUUCUCACCGGAGAAGAGCAGUUGUGCGAAGAGAUUUUCUGUUCCACAACUCGUCGCGAUCAGAGUGGUCGCUAUAUCGUUCAGUUGCCCCUGAAAGAGUCGGUUUUCCAAAUGAAGAGCAACCGAUCUAUCGCCCUACGUCGUUUCUUUAUGAUGGAACAGCGGUUCCAGAAAGACCCUGAGUUGAAAAAGCUUUAUGUUGAGUUCAUUAACGAAUACAAGAGCCUCAACCAUUGUGAACCAAUCGAUGAAUCACAGGAUCCUCCUAAUCUUGUGAAGUACUACCUUCCUCACCAUGCGGUGUUGAAACCGAGCAGCUCUUCAACGAAGUUGAGAGUUGUGUUUGAUGCUUCGUCGAAGGCAAAGGGGCCUUCUUUGAAUGACUGUUUGAUGAUUGGUCCAGUGGUUCAAAACGAUCUGUUUUCCAUAAUCCUACGUUUUCGCAAGCAUCGUUAUGUGUUCUCAGCCGACAUUAGCAAGAUGUACCGCCAAAUUCAAGUAGAACGUAUCCACACACCAUUGCUUCGAAUUUUCUGGAGAGAAAAUCCUACCGAUCCGUUACAGGUUCUUGAAUUAACGACGGUGACCUACGGCACAUCUGCUGCGCCAUUCUUAGCCACAAGAUCCCUUCAACAGCUUGCUUUCGAUGAAAGCACUCGCUAUCCGUUUGCCGCUCAGAUUGUUCUUGAAGAUUUUUAUGUUGAUGAUGCCCUGACUGGUGCUGAAACGGUUGAAGAGGCUAUUCAACGUCGUGUAGAGCUUACAGAAAUCCUCAACUGUGGAGGAUUUCCGAUCCACAAAUGGUGUUCUAAUGAACCAGCCAUUUUGGAGACCGUUCCAGAGAAGGAUAGGGAACAGUUUCUGUCGUUCGAAGAUUUAGACAUUAAUCAGGCUAUCAAAACGCUAGGCCUGCUUUGGGAUCCAGCAGAGGAUGUUUAUCGCUUUCGUUUGGAUCUCCCUUGUCUCGGUGGCUGUUCACCGACUAAACGAAACGUCCUGUCGCAAAUUGCGAAAAUCUUUGACCCUCUGGGUCUAAUUUCGCCUGUUGUUGUUUUCGCGAAGAUCAUCAUGCAGCAAAUUUGGAUGAGCAAACUGAAGUGGGAUGAUGUUUUGGAUGGUAAGUUGCUGCAAGCAUGGAUCGUGUUUCGGGACACUUUGAAUCACAUACACGAGAUCAAGAUCCCACGGUUUUUCGGUUCAGUUAAUCCCGUUCGUUAUGAAAUUCAUGGGUUUGCAGAUGCGUCCAGUGUAGCGUAUGGAGCGUGUCUGUACAUUCGCGUGGUCACUCAGGAUGGAGUGAAAGUGUCGCUUGUGUGUAGUAAGUCGAAGGUUGCUCCAAUCAAAGGAUUGACAAUCCCUCGGUCAGAGCUUUGCGCUGCCUUGUUGCUCGUUCGAUUGUUUUUGAAGGUGUAUCCGGCUGUGAAAAUGGAGUUUGAAUCUGUGCAUUUCUGGUCGGACAGUCAAGUUGUCUUAGCGUGGCUUCGGAAACCUCUACCGCAACUGAAUCUGUUCGUUCGCAAUCGUAUAUCAGAGAUCGUUGAAGGUUCGUCUGGUGCCGAUUGGAAUUAUGUCAAAUCUGUCGAAAACCCGGCUGACGUCGUUAGUCGUGGUCAACCUCCUCAGUUGUUGGUGUCGAAUGACCUCUGGUGGCAUGGGCCACAGUUCUUGCGUAGUCGUACCUACCGAGUUGAUGAACCCGUGCUUAUUUCCGAUGAUGAACUUCCGGAAUGGAGUCCAGUUACCAAUACCUCUGUGGUGUCUGUGCCGGAGCCUCUCCCAGUGAUGACGGCCUUCGGUUCUUUUCGAAAAUUACAACGUGUGAUAGCGUAUGUGCGAAGGUUUGUAACGAAUGCGAGAUCCGCUAAAUCGCAGCGAAUCACGUCGCGAUAUCUAACCGUACAGGAAAUGCGUGAGUCGAUGAAUGUGAUUGUGAAGUACGUCCAGAAAAGCGAGUUUGCAGAUGAGAUCGGUCGUCUUGAAUCGAAAGAACCGUUGCGUCGUCUGGGUAACUUGGGUGUAAUGAUGAGAAACGAUAUCCUACGAGUUGGUGGUAGGUUGAGGAAUGCCAGUCUGCCUUUCGGUGCGAAGCACCAGAUGUUGCUACCGGAUAAAAACCCGAUCGUCGAAUCGCUGUUGAGAACGCUGCACAGAGAGUUGUUGCACAUUGGUCCGUCCGGUCUAAUCGCUUACGUACGUCAGAAGUUUUGGUUGCUGAAUGCUAGAUCUGUGGCGCGAAAGAUCGUUCGUAGUUGUGUUGUUUGUUUCCGUUGUAGUCCGCAGUUGUUGCAGCCGUCGAUGGGUGAUUUGCCACAGGCGCGUGUUGUUCCUGCGCCACCGUUCUCCAAGUCUGGUGUUGAUUUCGCCGGUCCAGUCUUUAUUCGUCAAGGGGGAAGAAAGUCCACUCUUGUUAAGGCUUACAUUUGUUUGUUCGUUUGUAUGGCCACAAAGGCGAUCCAUCUAGAAUUGGUUUCGGAUCUGUCCGCCGUAGCGUUUGUGGCUGCGCUGCAUCGCUUUGUCGCUCGCCGUGGCCUGGUCGAAGAAUUGUUCUCGGACAAUGGGUCCAAUUUCGUCGGUGCUAAGUCCGAACUGCAUAGUUUGUACGAGUUGUUCAAAAGCGAUCAACUGCAGGGUAAGCUAAACGAGUUUUGCCAGGCCCGUGAGAUUAGAUGGACGUUUAUCCCUCCCCGUGCUCCGAAUUUCGGCGGUUUGUGGGAGGCGGGUGUAAAAAGCACCAAAACCCACCUUAAAAAGGUCCUCCGUGAUGCUUCUCUGACGUUCGAGGAGUAUUACACCGUUUUAACGCAGAUUGAGGCCAUCCUCAAUUCGAGGCCUCUGUUUUCCUCCUCCGCAGAUCCCAACGAGCCUGAGGCGAUUAUUCCGGGCCACUUUCUAAUCGGUCGCGAAUUGACGGCCAUUCCAGAGCCAAAUCUAGAGGAUACGAAACUCAAUCGAUUGUCUCGUUGGCAGCUCGUUCAACGGAUUCGUGAUCAUUUUUGGAGACGUUGGUCUCGGGAGUACUUGAACACUCUACAAACUAGGCAGAAAUGGACGAAAGGUUGCAAGAAUGUUACUCCAGAUACGGUAGUGUUGUUGAAGGAAGACAACAUUCCUCCGCAGUUGUGGAAGUUAGGUCGUAUUGUUAACGUCUACCCAGGUUCCGAUUCGGUUGUUCGUGUCGCAGAUGUCCAAACGGUUAACGGUGUUUUCCGUCGUCCUAUUUCGAAACUCGCUCCUUUGCCUAUUGAACAAAAUCUCCAUUAG